UUGCGUCAAAUUUUAGUAAAUAGUUUAAUCAAAAUGUAAUUAUUACAAAAAUUUGUAUAUGUGGUGCGAUAGAAUAACAGUAAUUUUAGAUAUAAAAUGGCUUUUGCAAACGGUUCCGACUUUCUGCUAUCUGAGUCUGUGGAGAUAAAAAAUGAUACAUUUAAUUUUCAGCCUCGCAUUGACGAUAAUUUUCAUAAUUGGAUUUCAUGUUUUUGUAUAGUAACAUUUGACUUGGAAUUAGGCCAAGUUAUUGAAAAAGUAUUUCCUGAAAAAUACUGUUUAACAGAAAUAGAACGAACAAACAUAUGUUACUUAGCAUUUCCAGAUUCAAAUACUGGUUGUAUGGGUGACACAUCAUUUCAUUUCCGCAUUCGCUCUAAAGCAAAAUAUAAAAUUAAUGUACUUAAUCAAGAUAUGCAGUAUCAAACUGGUUAUGUAUUGUUUAGACAGGUCAAGGAUGAAUCAAUAAAGCGUGGUUACUUUCAAAAAUCAGUUGUAUUGUUAACUCGUUUACCUUACAUUGAGCUGUUUUUAAAACUAACAAAAUUAAUUGCAACAGCUUAUUUUGACACUGGUGAUGUAGCUAUGGAAACAGUUUGCAAUCAAAUUUCGAAUUGGCCUACUCAAAGUUUAGGGAAAGUCAUUCAAUUGCCAGUUUUAGGUGAUGUCAUUGAGCUUUCAACAUUUGAGGAUUAUAAGUCAAACAUUAAAAGUCUUUCAUAUUUAUAUUAUUAUUAUCAACCACGUUUAUAUCAAUGCUUUUAUUCAAUUGUAUCUUGUAUCCAGAUGCUUUGGGAAUUAGUUCUUCUAGGUGAACCAAUAGUUGUUAUUGCUCCUACUCCUAUGUUAUGUUCAGAAGGAGUACAGACACUUGUGAGCAUGAUUCACCCAUUGCAUUAUGUUUGUGAUUAUCGGCCAUAUUUUACAAUUCAUGACUCAGAAUUCAAAGAAUAUACAACAAAGAACCAAUUCUUUCCUAAUGUUAUUUUAGGUGUUACUAAUCCCUAUUUUGUAAAAACAUUUCAAAAUUGGCCAAAUCUUAUACGCUUAGGAGAGAUGUCUUCCUUAACAGCUACAAAAAUAGAUAAAAAAACUGUUGAUUUUAUACCAGGAAUAUAUACAAAAUAUAAAGCUUGUUUAUCUAAAGAUAAGGCAUUGGUACGAAAAAUCGAAAGAGCAAUUAAAGCUAAUCAAUCUGUAGAAACACUUAAUGGAUUUUUAUGCAAAUAUGUUAUUGAGUUGACACAAAGUUUUUUAAUACCAUUGGAAAGGUACAUUGGUAGUUUGAUGCCAUUGCAAAGAAGUAUUCUGCCAUGGAAAAGUCCACCAAAAUUAAAAAAAUUUAAUAUUGACGAGUUUGUAGCAACCCUACCUAUUUAUGGACCACAUCUUACUUCAAAAUUAAAAGGUAAUUGGACUUUAUUAUAUCAGAAAUUUUUUAAAUCACCAAAUUUUGAAGUGUGGUUUUGCAAACGAAGACAAGAAGUAAAUAAUAAAUUAGAAAUUUUGCAUUUAGAAGCUUUAUGCAAUGCAGAUGUAAAUAGUUGGACAAAAGGAAAAGAUGAAGUUGAAAUAGUAGAUUUAUAUAUGUAUGUUAAAAAAACAUUAUUAUAUUGUAAAACUGGUAAUGUUUAUGUUUCACCUUCCAUUCGACAUGAUUUACACUCUCAACUUCUGAUGGUUUUAAAAGCACUUCCUUCUGACCUUCAAGAAGUAUUAAAAAAAUCUUUAUGAACUUUUUUAUGUCUUAAUGUAAAUUUGACAGAAUUUGAUCUCUGAUUUAUUUUCCAUAAUAAAUUGUUUAUGUUUUUGAUAGUA